AUGCACACCAAAACCCCCACGCCAUCCGACUUCCCCUCCGAACUCACCGUCACAAUAACACCCGCACCACCAUCCUCCUCCCCCUCCACAACCCCCUCCCCAAACAUCCUCCUCCUCCUCCACGGCCUCGGCGACACAGCCACAGCCUUCACAAAAUUCGGCCAAGCCCUCCACCUCCCCGAAACAACCAUCAUAACCAUCCAAGGCCCCUCCCCCCUCCCCUUCGACCUAGGCGGCUACCACUGGGGCGACGACGUCUCCUUCGACUCCGCGACCGGCACAUUAGACAUGGACGCCGGCCUAACGCGCAGCACAAAGAUCCUCACCGAGCUAGUCCGCAGCACGCUAGUCCGAAAAUGCGGCUACGCACUGCGCGAGAUCAUGGCGCUGGGUUUCGGACAGGGCGGGAUGGCUGCGCUGGCGCUGGCGCGUGAGCUCGGGUUGAAGGAUAGUGGCGAGGAGGUCGGUGCUUUGUCCGGGGUUAUUUCCAUUGGGGCGCCGUAUGCGUUGUCUGGGUCAAGGGCUGGGGAGAAGAGUCGCUCGCCUGUGCUGCUGGUUUCGGGGAGGGAUUCGACGGUUGUUUCGGAUGAGGCGGUGCGCAGGACGAAGCAGGUUUUUGAGUUUGUGGAGGUUAGUCGGUAUGCGAGGAAGGGGGAUGGGAUGCCGAGUAGUCGCGAGGAGAUGUUGCCUGUUAUGCAGUUCUUUGCGCGCAGGUUGCGGAGUAGGCAGGGUGUGCCCGAGGGGAGUAUUGAGAUUAGUUAG